CGAUGUUACGCCGGAAGUACAUGUCUGAAAUUCUGAAUGUCAAAUAGCAUGGUGAGCUAGCGUUGGUUGUUUUAUGUGACAUUCCGUGAAUAAUGUCCUGUCAUACUUUAUUCCGUGUCGCAUUACAAACUAGACACAUCGCAAACAAUGCGUCGCUACUCACCCUCCACAGAAUUAACGCGUUGAAUAAAUUACAAGCGUGCGGAUAUGCGAAAAAAGUGGCUGUCAAAGGCAAAGGAAAGGGAAUGGUUAAAGAGGAGUUAAAAGGACCAGAGGUGUGCAAAGAUCCCGUCAGACUGACUUCUUAUGCCGUGGGGGUCAACAUCUACAAACAAAGAGAGGACCCCAAAAUCAAACCUGUUGAAGACUACCCAGAGUGGCUUUUUCAGUUAAACCUGGAUGGACCUUACAAGCUUCACGAGCUAGAGGAGGAAAGUUGGGCGUACUGGAAGCGUCUCCGAAAGGAAAACAUUUGGCGUCAAAAUAAAUUGCGUAAAGGGAAAAAGUUCUAGCAAUGAAAGACUCUAUCAUGUCCAUGUGUUCAGAUUUUGUUUUAUGAAGUCCAUCUUUUGUCAAUAAAAUAUUUUAACCAUUUGUUCUGAAAUUUGUCAUGCAGUCUUAAGUUUACCUGAUUUAUUGCAGUCUUUUUCCAUUUACACUGAUUACCAUUAAUACAAGGCUAACUUAACGACAGAAGAGAAAUUUCAAAUCUUAAAACAUUUUCUGUGGUUUUAUCUCAAGGAUUGCUAUGAUGUAUUAUCCUCAAUUCCAUUUCUUGACCAUAAACAUUUAAUUGACAAAGCACUCUCGGAAUUUCCAUGGUUUAAUGUUAACAUUAAUGUGAUUGAAGAGCCAUUUUUUGCGGGGGCAAAGUUUUUUUUCAUUUAUGACAUUUCCAUUAACAUUUUCAGUCAAGUGCCAAACAAAACAAAGUGUGUCUUAGUUGAAAAAAUAAGGCAUUAUAGGAGAGGGUGAAAACAAAGCAAGUGUCCAUCAAGAGACCAGCUCUGACUGAGAUCAGACUCCAUUAGAUACACACGGACAGGCCAAUGACAUCCAAUUUAAGAGCUGUAUCAAAAAGUUGAUUGAAAAGAUGAUUUUGAUGCCGUUAACUCAAAAUCUGGUGUAUUCGUAAUGCAUCCUUACAUGCUUGUGCAAGGGCGUAGGUUUGCAUAGGGACGGUAGGGACAAAACUCUACCAACUUUUCAGGAUGCUCAAGUUGUCCCCACCAACUUUUAAGCAAUUUUAUUUGCAUUAUAUAAUGUUCAGUUAUAUGCAGCGGUGCACAUAUUUUUUUUGCCC